AUGAAUGGACCAUCUUUGAUUGACAGCGCUGGUCACGCCCCUCCUGGUCCUCUUUGGAGGGACCCCUUUGGAAAUAAAGCUGGUGAGGCAGCACACGGAGGCUUCCUCCGGCUAAAGCGGGCUCUGGCUGGUGGGCCGCCACAGCAGGAGCCAGGAGAAGAGAUAGCCAUGGAGGACGGCCCCACUGUGGUUAAAGUGGACCGAGGUGAAAACCAGGUUUCACCGUGUCGAGGGAGAAAGUGGCUCCCCAAGGCACUUGGCUAUGUCACCGGUGAUAUGAAAGAAUUUGCCAGCUGGCUUAAAGACAAACCCCUGGUGCUCCAGUUCAUUGACUGGAUUCUUCGAGGCAUAUCCCAAGUGGUGUUUGUCAGCAACCCUAUCAGUGGAAUCCUGAUUCUGGUGGGACUCCUGGUCCAGAACCCGUGGUGGGCUCUCAAUGGCUGUGUGGGAACAGUGAUCUCCACCCUGACAGCCCUGUUGCUCAGUCAGGACAGGUCAGCAAUUGCAGCAGGCCUGCAUGGCUACAAUGCCACCCUGGUGGGAAUACUCAUGGCUGUCCUUUCAGAGAACGGAGACUAUUUCUGGUGGCUGUUAUUCCCUGUAUCUGCUAUGUCCAUGACUUGUCCACUUUUCUCAAGUGCAUUGAGCACUGUGUUCUGCAAAUGGGACCUCCCUGUCUUCACCCUGCCCUUCAACAUGGCGCUGUCGAUGUACCUUUCAGCCACGGGACAUUACAAUCCAUUCUUCCCAAGCAAAUUGUUCACACCUAUAAGUUCGGUUCCCAAUGUCACCUGGCCUGACCUCAGUGCCCUGCAGUUAUUGAAAUCCCUGCCUGUGGGUGUUGGUCAGAUAUAUUGUUGUGACAAUCUGUGGGCAGGAAGCAUUUUCCUGUGCGCCAUCCUGCUCUCUUCCCCAGUCAUGUGCCUGCACGCUACAACUGGGUCGUUGCUGGGGAUAGCAGCAGCACUCAGUCUUUCGGCUCCAUUUGAGGACAUCUACUUUGGACUCUGGGGUUUCAACAGCUCUCUGGCCUGCAUUGCAAUUGGAGGAAUGUUCAUGGCACUCACCUGGCAAACCCACCUCCUAGCUCUUGCCUGCGCCCUGUUCACUGCCUACCUUGGAAUCAGCAUGACACACCUGAUGGCUGUGGUCGGAUUGCCAUCUUGUACCUGGCCCUUCUGUUUGGCCACACUACUGUUCCUUUUGCUGACCACGAAAAACCCCAACAUCUACAAAAUGCCUCUCAGUAAAGUCACUUACCCUGAAGAAAACCGCCUCUUUUACCUACAAGUCAAGAAAGGGAUAGUUGAAAGCCCUCUGUGAGAACAAACCCCACCCACAACCAUGGUCACAAGUCAUUUCUGACCAACUGCCCUAGCUGACUUCC